CCUUAAUCUUGUUAACUGAACCGUGCUCACCAGUUUUCAGGUCUUGAGACUCGCCGAGACGCCUUGGGAGACGCCUCAGAUUCGGAGCUACAAAGUCUUCCUUCCAACAAUGUUCUUGUAAGUCAUAAUUCUUGAGACUGAGCGUCUAGAACAUGAUCUAGCACGUUGUGCGAGGUCAUACAGUUCCAAAAUGUCGGUGAGUCAGGGUCCCACGAAUCCACGCCCUCAGCUGUGUACUUAAAAGCUUCCUGCUCUAGGAGUCCGGUUUCAGGGCGUCGCAAAUACCUGAAGACGUCGUCGUGACUCCGGCCCCGGGUCCCCCUCCCUCCUUGAAGUAAGAAGAACGUGGCGUUUGAGCGUCUUCGGCAGUGCAGCUGGAGUAAAUACGUCUUCAGACAGCUCUCCGCCUUGAUACUUGUCUUAUCCUUGAAGUUAAGUCGCUAAAAUUGAAAAAGACGACGUAUUUAAUAGAGGGACGUCGCAGACAACCUCGUCCGACGUCGAAAUGUCAAACAUGGAACACUGCAGUUUAUAACUAAACCGCUAGGUGCGCUCUUUGCAAGUGUGCGCGCGCAUACGCGGAAGUUUAUGUUUUCGAAAAGGAUGGCGGAAAACAAGACGGUGUUCAAGGGCUGGCUAGAAAAAUGUAAGAACGUUCAGAGUUCACAGAAAGGCUUCCAACUCAAGCUGAAGGGAUCGGUGUCGUGGAAGAGAGCUUUCUUCAUCCUUCACUGUUGCCAUGGCAACAGCACCUUGCGUUACUACGAUGAUGAGCAACAGGAAGACACUGCAGCUGUACCAAAAGACAGCCUGAGCCUGACUCCAUACUACUGUGUGUACAAGCGUGAUGGCCCAGUGAAGAGCAGGAGCCAUGUGUUCGACAUCACCACACCUGGAGCCACCUGGAGACUGGCAGCUGCAGACCAGACUAACUUGGACCUCUGGGUUCACCACCUGCAGAUGCAAGCUAAACUGAGGGACGACUUACCUGGACAGUACUUUACUGUGAGACCAGGAAUGUCUGAGAGUACAAAGAGAAUCGGUGCCCAGGGCCAGCAGUGUUUACUCCAUGUGUCACAGUGGGGCGUCACUCUUGCUCAGGAGGUGUCCAGGUGUGUUCUGGCCCAGUGGCCCCUGAAGAGUCUGCGGAGUUACGGAGCAGAGGAGGCUGGGAGGUUCAGCUUCGAGGCGGGUCGUCAGGCACCCAUGGGUCAGGGUGUGUACGUGUUCAACACCCACCCGGGUCAGGAGACAGCCAUCGACGCUCAGGUGGACAUGUUUGUACAGCAGCAGGCCAAGGUGGCUGACCAGGAAAAGGCUGGCAAAUCUCCAGCUAAACAGGAAACAGCUGGCAGGAGAAGAGGAAGUGCAGCUCAUGAACCUGAUCCUGACAUCUGCUCGGAAUAUGCCACUCUGAAAAGGAUGACUUGUGAUAAUACUGCAGUGUCAUCUGUGGAUGACAGAAGCCACUCCAGCCAUCUCUCCUUCCCACAAGCCACUGGGACAGGACUUCUGAUUGGCUCCCCUGCCAGCCAAUCACAGCAAAGCUCAACAGAUCAGGACCCAGGAUCCACUGGAAGAUCCAAUGUUGUCAACAUCCCUCCUCCUCCUCCUUCUUCUUCAGACAGUACCAACUCUACAUAUCUUGCAAUGAGAGCAAGUUGGUCUCCAAGAAGUUCCACAACUUCUCAGUCAUCUUCUUCUGAGUAUGAGGUCAUGAGCCCCCUCUCUCCUGAUCAUUCUUUGCCCUUCCAGUCCCUGUCCUCCCCUCCCAGAAGAAGUGGUAGUUUCCAGGAUGUUUCUGUUUUCCCCAUGUCCCCCCUGUCUGCUAAGAGUGGUAGCUUCAAUGACGUUUCUGUGUUUUCCCCCACACUACCACCUAGUGAAGGCAGUAGUGGCUACACAGCCAGCCAGCUAGCUUCAGCUAGUAGAGAUCAUACCACUCAACCAAUGACAAUGCACAAGAGGUCAGCCUCAGUGGAUGCAGAAAAAACGGGCCAAAAUCCGUUUUUCUUUGCAUCCCAAGUUACAAGUUUGGCUUCUUCCGAUGCAGAUACAACGAGUAGACCAGUGCUCCACAGAUCGCAUAGUGAGGGGAACGUUAACAUUCCACCUCCUUUUACAAAUCUUGCCAGCGGUUCCCCUCCCAAACUCCCACCAAAAAGCCAUGCAGGGAGGGUUGUGAUGUCUCAGAGGAGUCUCCCACCUAUCCCAGGAUCCCCCUUGGAUGCGAAUAUCACGCCUUUUCAGUUUACCGGGGGACUGUAUUCUUCUGAAGGCCACGAGUAUCAAUCCUUACUAACACCAGAGGAAGCACAGAGACUGAGAGAGUCUGAAAGCAGCUAUGCCCAUUUAUCUGAUAAGACAAGGUCAAACCCUGAAGGACAAGAACAUCAAGUCACAUCACCUCAUUCUGCACAAGCAGUGAGCAUCAUGGGAGCUGAACCUACCUUGGAACAAGGUACUCAGGUGAACACAAAGGCCAAGUCACCAAAGAGCAUUAAAGGACUGGUUUUCACUAGAAAAACCAAAACAUUUGUAAAAAGAUCAACGUCCUCCGAGUGAUUGAAAUAAAUAUGUCCCUUCUUGUUAUCAUGAAC